GAUGGCUGCAUUGCACCGGAGCGAGGAGCGUUAUUACAGGAUGAAGGAAGGAAGCAAAAAUAGACCUGACACACAAGUUUUGCUGAAAGUUUCUAAAGUGGGAAUUUGAAUUCUCUGCAGCCGGCUCUGGGUGCGCUGCUGGGUGUGUUACCCGAUCCCGAGCUGGGGACCCUCGGCUCCUCCCCGCCGCCAGCAUGCGAGGAAGAGAGGAAUAGGAAUCACUUGGAAAAGAGCUAGGGCAAAAAUAAAGGCUCGGAAAAUGGAGCUGCAGUAAGUUGCUGGAAGGAGGAAUCGAUCAUUAUUUUUGAUGCGAAGACUUCAUCACUGACACCUAUAUGUUCAUUUGUCGGCCUCCAAGAACUAGUGCAGCUCAUCAGUGGCAAUAACUGACAUUUCUUUGGAAACAAAAAAACCCAAAUAAACAGAAAAGCCCAACAGACCAAACCCAACAGACCUUUUGAAGACUUUUGUCAAAUGACGUCAAUGGCCAGUUUGUUCUCCUUUACUAGCCCAGCUGUAAAGCGUCUGUUGGGCUGGAAACAAGGAGAUGAAGAGGAAAAAUGGGCAGAAAAAGCUGUUGAUGCUUUGGUUAAAAAACUGAAGAAGAAAAAAGGUGCUAUGGAAGAACUGGAGAAAGCCUUGAGCAGUCCAGGACAGCCCAGCAAGUGCGUUACUAUCCCCCGCUCUUUAGAUGGACGACUUCAAGUUUCUCACAGAAAGGGCCUUCCCCAUGUCAUUUACUGUCGUGUUUGGCGUUGGCCUGAUCUACAAAGUCAUCACGAGCUGAAGCCAUUGGAUAUUUGUGAAUUUCCUUUUGGAUCUAAACAGAAGGAAGUCUGCAUCAAUCCAUACCACUAUAAGAGGGUGGAGAGCCCAGUUCUACCUCCAGUGUUAGUGCCUAGACAUAGUGAAUUCAAUCCACAGCACAGUCUACUAGUCCAGUUCAGGAACCUAAGCCACAACGAACCACACAUGCCUCACAAUGCGACAUUUCCAGACUCUUUCCAGCAACCCAACAGCACUCCGUUUUCCAUUUCACCAAACAGUCCCUAUCCACCUUCUCCAGCCAGCAGCACUUACCCGAGCUCCCCAGCUAGCUCUGGACCAUCCAGUCCAUUUCAGCUACCAGCUGAUACUCCACCUCCUGCAUAUAUGCCCCCUGAUGAUCAAAUGGGGCAGGAUAAUUCGCAGUCUAUGGACACAAGCAAUUCAAUGAUCCCUCAAAUCAUGCCAAAUAUAUCUACCAGAGAUGUUCAGCCUGUUGCCUAUGAAGAACCCAAACACUGGUGUUCCAUCGUGUAUUACGAGCUAAAUAAUCGUGUUGGGGAGGCUUUCCAUGCAUCUUCUACAAGUGUCUUAGUAGAUGGGUUUACAGAUCCCUCCAAUAACAAAAACAGGUUCUGCUUAGGUUUGCUCUCAAACGUUAAUCGCAACUCGACAAUUGAGAACACUCGACGACACAUUGGAAAAGGAGUUCAUCUCUACUAUGUUGGUGGGGAAGUCUAUGCUGAGUGCUUAAGUGAUAGCAGCAUAUUUGUACAGAGCAGGAACUGCAACUACCACCAUGGCUUUCAUCCAACGACUGUAUGCAAGAUUCCCAGUGGAUGCAGUCUGAAAAUCUUCAACAAUCAAGAGUUUGCUCAGCUUUUAGCUCAGUCUGUCAACCAUGGAUUUGAAGCAGUGUAUGAGCUCACCAAAAUGUGCACCAUUCGCAUGAGCUUUGUAAAGGGUUGGGGAGCUGAAUAUCACCGACAAGAUGUGACGAGUACCCCAUGCUGGAUAGAAAUCCACCUUCAUGGGCCCCUCCAGUGGCUGGAUAAAGUACUUACACAAAUGGGUUCUCCCCUUAAUCCCAUCUCAUCUGUUUCAUAGUGCUGAAAUUCUAUCUUCAGCCUUAUUUUUAGCGAACUUAUUCUAAUUCUAGCGAAACUUCCAGUGUGGAUACUGUGAGCUAUGUGGAGAAUGGAUCUUACAGUUUAACUUCUCUUUUUUUUUUUAAAGCCCUUUGUGACCAAUUCCAUUGUGUAUAGCUAAUCAGUUUUACAUUUCAAUUUGUUCUUGUGAUGCUUAAGUGACAGUUGAGCCCUAAGGGUAACAAAAAAAGUCUAUUGAAAAGGUUCAGAACACUUUUCCCCUCCCUCCCCUAGAACUUACAGGCAUAUGUCUUAACUGGAAAAUGCUUUUUGUCCUGGAGGGACAAGAAUUAUGAAGACUGACUUCAGCAAAUAAAUACAUAUCAUAG